AACAUUAAACCCUACUCUAUAAACGCUAAACCCUGAAGAACAAACUUCGAUGUUAAUGCUGCCAUUAGGGUUUAGUAUUUACGUUUAGAGUUUAUGCGUUAACACAUCGUUUAAAUCGGUGUCAUUCUUUUUUUUUUAUAGUUAUUUUGCUUUUUCUUUUUAAUUUUAAUAUUUUUUUUAUUAAUCUUGCAUAACAUUUUGAUUGGUGACAAAAAGUGAGGUGAAUUAGACAGUUCAUAAAGGGUCAAGUUUUUCAUGAAAUUUUUAAAGUUUCUUAAAUGGUAUUCCUUCUGUUCCUAAAAAAUCCAUGUUAUAGUUUUUUCACACUUAUUAAGAAAAUAUUUAAAAUUGUAUUUUCCAAUACAUUGUUUUUCUUAAUUAACUAUUUCCAAUAACCAAUGAGAUUUUAUUAAACACAAUUUUAUUUUUUGAAAAGUACAAUUUUUCAUUAAUUAAUGUCUUGAAAAUGUAAAAAAUGUAUAUUUUUGAAACAAAUUUUUUUUUCUAAAAAAUGGAUCUACAAGGAACAGAGGGAGUAUAUGUUUAGCAAUAUAGUAAAAAGAACAAAAUAUUACGAACGAGGAUGAUUAAAAUGCUGAAAAUAAAAUGUAAUAAAUGUUUAGAACAAAUGGUGUUAGGAUACUUGUCCUGAAAUACCUAUUCAGAGCAAUCAAGUCCUAUUUAUUUUUACUGCACCAAAUUCAGAGCAAUCAAGCUUUAAUUUUUUUUUUGAAACCACAGCUCUUGAAAUUACCUACAGCUGCACAAGUGCUCUGCAGAGCCAAAUAUUCAAAGCAACUUUUUAGUGCUUUCCACAAAAUUCUACAGCAAUAAAAUCUAAAGUCAUAGCAAAAAGUCUACAGAUUUUUUUCUACACUAAAAAUGUUAAAGCUAGGGUCUUUGGCAUUUUGUCGUGAUCAAGUUAAAGUUUCCUAAAUGCAACGCCCAUUAAUUCAAAAAAUGAAAUUAUGUCCUUUUCUUAGCCAUGAUCUUAGAGUAUUUCCAAGCCCAAUCCAUAUUUUAUUCCAAAAUAGAAAAAAUGGUGUGAGAUAUGGAGUGAUGAACAAAAAAUAAAAGCACUAUUUUAUAAAUGGAGUAAUCAUUUUAUUUUUUCUUUAUUACUCCAUUUUCCAUUCUAUUUUCUCAAUUUUAGAAUAAACUAUGGAGUGGAGUUGGAGAUGUCCUUAAGAAGGUGACACAGAAGACGGUAUAAUGCAGGCUAUUUUGUUGGGGCAUACUGAUUCCUACACGAAAGACAAAAUGAUGCAAGUGACCAUCGCAUACAACCAUUUUGGCGAGGGUCUUAUACAGAGAAUGCCAAGGUGUAGACAUGGAUAUUUCCAUGUGGUAAACAACGAUUACACUCAUUGGGAAAUGUAUGCAAUCGGUGGAAGUGCUAACCCUACCGUUAAUAGUCAAGGAAACCGGUUCCUUGCCUCGGGAAACCGGUUUGCUAAAGAGGUGACGAAAAGGGUAGGUGCAGGGGAAGGAGAAUGGAACCAAUGGAACUGGAGAUCACAAGGAGACUUAUUGCUAAAUGGUGCCUACUUCACUUCAUCUGGAGCUGAAGCUUCUUCAAGUUAUGCUAGAUCUAGUUUAGCUGCUAAAUCAUCUUCCCUUAUAGAUAUGCUUACCUAUAGCUCUGGUGUCCUGAAAUGCAGGAUCGGUACGCCUUGUUAAUUAUUUGUACAACUUCGAAAACAAAUAGAAACAUAUGAAAUGGAAAGAAAGAAGAAGAAUGGUUCGGUUCCCAUGUUUUGACUCCAAGUUGUUAUAUGAUUUCAUUUCUAUUUGAACUUUUAAGAACAAACUAUGUUGGAGAAAAGAUCGUAUACAUUAGAAAUAUGAACGUGAUUUGGUAAUAUAUAAAAUGACUUGGGCCAAUCAGGCCCGGCUUAAAAUGUAUGUGGGCCCUGUGCCAUACAACAAAAUUUACCUGUGUAAAUAUAUGAUUUUAAAGAACUCAAAAAAAUAGGGCCCUAAAAAAGUAAAACUCAACAAAUCAGGACUCUAAAACAAGUAAAAUUCAAAAAAUAAAGGCCCUAAAACAGGUAAAAAAUUCUAAUGAAAAUAAAAGGGCCCAGUGCAUUUGCACCUUCAGCACCACCCCAAAGCCGGCACUGGGGCCAAUCCAUUUACCGUCAAUUAGUUUUAAGUUAAAACACACAUAAAACUUAACUAACUUGAUAAUAGUUGCUUUCAUGCACCACGUAUAGAGACAAAAAAAAAAUCUAAAUUAUAUAUAAAACAUAAUUUUAUUAUUCUUUUAUAUUUUU